AUGAGCACUGUGGUCCAGUUCCUGACUGGCAUUCGCCAACUCGUCCUCGACAAUAACGGCGAUGAGCUUCGCAAUUGGCUGCUCGUCGAGCCUCAAUCGCCCAGUAUCUAUUUCCAGAUGGGCGAGGAGAUUCGCACAGGGUUUCGCUCCAAGUCUCCGGCGCUUGAAAACCUGGUCGAACAAAGCCUCCCGGAAGAGGACGAUGUUCCCGAGGGGAAAGGAUCCCCGUGGCCGGGGUUCAACUCAUUCAUAAAGGACUUUUUGGAAUACUGGCGUGAUGCCGACUUUGACGAUCUUGUCCGGCAGCAUUCCCGCCUCAGCGACCUUCUCAUAUCCUGCGCGAAUGCCCUUGCUAAUCCCACCUACGGCAUCAUGCUGCUGCAGACCAGCAUGGCGCUCUCUGAAUCGCUGUCCAAGUUGGUCAUGCACCUGACCCGUCAGCCUGAUCUGCUGGCAGAGAUUGAGGGCGACAUGACUGGGGAGGAGGCCGGCGAGCGGAAGUCCAUCGUGGAGCUAGCCGCUGAUAUCAUCCAGAAGAUAUUCACUUCUUGCCUAACAGACCGCUCCAGCACAAGAUGGUCGCCGCCAAGAGGGAAGAAGGUGGCUGUCUACCUCUUUGCCAAUCUCACCUUGAAACUACUUUUUGCCUGCGACAAGUCCAGGCUCGCCGUUCAAAUGUUUACUAACCUCUCGACAAGCGGGCCCGCGCUCUCGCUCUACCCGGCCUCCCAGCGAGUAACCUUCCUGUACUACCUGGGCCGGUUCAACUUCGACCACAACCACUACCUCCGCGCCCAUAUGUGUUUCGAGGAGGCCUACCGCCAAUGCCCACCUGCCUUCCAAAAGCACCGCCGUCAGAUUCUCACCCAGUGGAUCCCGACCAACCUUCUCCUCGGCCGCUUCCCCUCCCGGGCCUUACUCGCACGACCCGAAGCGGCCGGGUUCGCCGACAUCUUUCUCCCCAUCUGCGAAGCGAUCCGCUCGGGGAACUUUGUCGCCUUCUACCGGGCCCUCACCCACAGCCGCGACUGGCUCUGGGCCAAGGGCUUCUACCUGACCUUCCUCUACCGCCUGAAGCCGCUGGUCUGGCGGUCCUUCACCAGGAAGACAUUCCUCCUCACCUGGAAGGGCUCAGUCGACGACUCGUCCAACAAGGCCGCCUCCCUCUCGCUCGAGGAUCUGGUCACCACAGCCUCACACGUGCAGCGGCUGCUCGAGGGCUACGUCCCGGCCAAACCGCCGCCGCGGGCUACACGCCCGCCCUCACACGUUAGCUCCCUGUUCAUGAAGGCCGUGACCAACAGCGCGGCGACUUCCUCCGAGACCGAAACCGAUUCCUCACCGCUGCUCGUCCCGCCGCCGGGGGGCCCGCGCCGAUUGAUGCCGUCCGAGGGCCUGAUCUUUGGCAACAUGAAGCCCAAUCUCGACAACGUCGAGGCGGUCGUAGCGGGCCUCGUCUACGCGGGCCUGCUCAACGGGUUCGUGGCGCGCCAGCAAAAGCGGUUUGCCGUGGAAGGGGCCAAGCGCAAAGGCGGCAACCCCGUCGCGGCCGGCUGGCCCAAUCCGUACGAGAGCAUACUGGAGCGUUUUCGGGAGCAGCACCAGGAGGCGCUGGACGCGUGUGACAGCGGGGAGAACGUGGAGCCGCCGGGCGAGUUGGACGAUGUUCCGGGAUGGGUGCGGAAUCCGCCUUGA